AUGAGCGAGUUCGAAGACUCGGACGCUGAGUUCGUGGUUCCGAGUUUGACUCGUCCGUAUCCGUUGAAAUAUCUUCCUUACAUAUUCAAAUCAAAGGAGUGGUUCUCGUUCUUCCGAACUCAAGCGAGAAGAUUCAGAGAGACUAAGGGCAUUUUAGUAAAUACUAUUGCUGAGCUCGAACCUCACGCGUUGAAGUUUCUCUCCAACGGUGAUAGUGACACUCCUCCUGUCUACUCAGUGGGGCCAGUGUUGCACCUCAAAAACGACACGGACGUUACACAAGCGGAGAUUUUGGAAUGGCUCGAUGAGCAACCGGCUGGUUCGGUAGUGUUCCUCUGCUUCGGGAGCAUGGGAGGCUUCAGUGAGGAACAAGCGAGAGAAAUCGCCACCGCGCUUGAGGGAAGCGGCCACCGUUUUCUCUGGUCUCUCCGCCGUGCAUCUCCAAAUGUAAUGAAGGAACUUCCUCGUGAGUUCUCCAACUUGGAGGAGAUUCUCCCACAAGGGUUUAUUGACCGGAUGAAGGCAAGAGGCAAGGUGAUUGGCUGGGCCCCACAAGCGGCCGUGCUGGAGAAGCCGGCGGUCGGAGGUUUCAUCUCUCACGGCAGGUGGAACUCGACGCUGGAGAGUCUGUGGUUCGGAGUUCCCACGGCCAUUUGGCCGCUUUACGCUGAACAGAAGUUCAACGCCUUCGAGAUGGUAGAGGAGCUUGGAUUGUCGGUGGAGAUCAGGAAGUACUGGCGAGGAGAUCUUUUGUUGGGGAGGACGGAGAUGGAACUCGUUACGGCCGAGGAAAUUGAGAGAGGCAUAAGGGUUCUGAUGGAGCAGGGUAGUGACGUGAGGAAGAGAGUGAAGGAGAUCAGCCAGAAAUGCCAUGUCGCUUUGAUGGACGGUGGAUCGUCACGCAUUGCUUUACGAAAGUUUCUUCAAGACGUAUCGGAUAAUAUCGCUUAG